UUUGAUUUAGGAACUCACAAGAUAUUUGUGAAAACUUGGGGUUGCUCUCAUAAUAAUAGUGAUGGUGAAUACAUGGCUGGUUUAUUAGCUUCAAAUGGAUAUAAAAUCGUAAACACAGAAGAUGAAGCUGAUUUGGUUGUACUGAACAGUUGUACGGUUAAAAAUCCAUCUGAAGAUCAUUUUCGUAAUGCAAUUAACUCGGCCAAAGACAAAAACAAAUUCGUUGUGGUUGCUGGCUGUGUUUCUCAAGCCACACCAAAUGUUGGUUAUCUUAAAAAUUUGAGUAUUCUUGGUGUUCAACAGAUUGACAGAGUUGUUGAAGUUGUCGAGGAAACCUUGAAAGGAAAUAGAGUCCGAUUGUUGGGUAAAAAAAAGGUUAACAGAAGAAAAGCUGGCGGUGCUUCUCUUAACUUACCCAAGAUUCGUCGUAAUCCACUAAUAGAGAUUAUUCCUAUUAGCACAGGAUGCCUAAAUCAGUGUACAUAUUGUAAAACUAAACACGCUCGUGGAGAUUUGGGUAGCUAUCCAAUUGGGGAAAUAGUAAACCGUGCAGUUGAAGCAUUUAAAGAAGGCUGUAAAGAGAUUUGGCUAACCUCCGAAGAUACUGGCGCUUAUGGUAAAGAUAUUGAUUGUAGUUUGCCUCAGCUGUUGUAUGCCUUAAUUAAUGUGAUCCCUGAUGGAUGUUAUCUUCGUCUUGGUAUGACUAACCCGCCAUAUAUCAAGGAUUAUCUUGAAGAUAUUGGCAAAAUUUUAUCACAUCAUCGUGUUUACUCUUUCCUUCAUAUACCAGUACAAUCAGGGAGCGACCAGGUUUUAUCUGAUAUGAGACGUGAAUAUUUUCGACGAGAUUUCGAAGACAUUGUUGACUACCUUCGACAAAGAGUUCCUGGAAUAACAAUAGCAACUGAUAUUAUUUGUGGUUUUCCUACUGAAACUGCAGCAGAUUUUGAAGAGACAUUACAGUUGGUCGCAAAAUAUAGAUUCCCUAUUUUGUUUAUCAAUCAAUUUUACCCAAGACCGGGCACGGUUGCUGCCAAGAUGGAACGAAUACCAGCCCAUCAGGUUAGAGAGCGAACCAAAAAACUGACGGAACUAUUUGAAUCUCAUCAACCAUAUGAAGGACGUAUUGGUCAAAUUUAUAGCGUUCUCGUUACCGAAGAGUCGAGAGAUCACAGAUAUUGGGUAGGACACAACAAAUGUUACGAGCAAAUUUUAAUUCUUAAAGACACAAAUCUUUUGGGUUGUACGAUAAAAGUCCAUAUUGUCUCGGUGGCUCGUUAUUAUAUGAUUGGUGAACCAUUCAGAUUCACAAUGUCUUCCGUAAUUAGUACACAAAAUAUUGCCUUCAUUACCGGACUUGCCCUGGUUUCUGGACUAAUUUUAAUGAAAAUCAAAUUGAAACUCUAAUUGGUACUAUUGGAAGGAAGAAACUAAACGCCAUUCGCAUAUUUAAUAUUGCCUAAUAGAAUGAUAAACUCAUCAUUUGGCUGACUAAUUUCUGCAUCAGUCUCUUUGUGCUCAUAUUUUACCAGACUUUUUCGCCCUCUGCACUCUUUUUUCAUCUCUUUCUUUCUUCUCACCCAAUUUCUCCCCCCUUCUUUAUCUCUCUCUACGCUUGCCUUUCUUUCGAUUUUUCUUUCUCUUCGCUUUUCUGGUAGGUUUUGGAUCAUACUUAGGACAAGGACUAAAUGGCAGACCCUUAAAAGAAGGGAGAAAGGAAGAGAGUUGUAGGAAGGAGAGAGAUAAUCAUUUAUCUGCUUAUUUGACCAAAAACUAAUCAAUUGUUGUCAUCAAAAUUUACAUUGUGAACAUUGCAUUUUAACCAUCAUUUUCAUCACCAGUUUACUUUUUAAUUGCCAACAACUCUUCUUGUUCAAUCUAAAUGUGAGGUAAGUAAUACAUUUUCAUAUACUAUGGCCCCAUCAAUAUUUAUUUAUAUGACUCAUAAUGUAAAGGGUGUCACGCUUAAAAAUUUUGUUAGAAGAAGAAAAGGAAACAAAAUAAUCUUACCUAAAUACAAGUACAGUUAUAAUGAUUAAGAAAUGGAUCCAAUUUUGCUUGACAAUUGCAUCAAUUUUUUGUUACAUUUAUCCAAGUGGGUUUCUUGUUGAUUCUUGAUUCUUCAAGCUCAAUUGUCAUUUUGAAUUUCAUCAGUUUUUUUCUUGGCCGGAUUUGUUGCUCGAGAAAAGCUUCUUUUGUUUAGCUUUAGUCGUUUCCAGGGAAAAUGAUUCAACUUUAUUAUUAUCCUACGUUAAUACAGUAACCCGUUUUCCCUGCUUCUUGACCCUUUCUCAAAAUCUUUGUUAAUCC